UGUAGAUGUUGGCCAUGUUUUGGCUCUGUUGCCUCACAGUUUAGUUUCAGCUUCAGUCUUCACCUUUUUUUUCUCAGUUAUAUCAAGCCGUCAUGUCUCGGGGAUCAAGUGCAGGGUUUGACCGACAUAUCACCAUCUUCUCUCCGGAAGGACGACUCUACCAAGUCGAGUAUGCCUUCAAAGCCAUCAACCAGGGAGGGCUGACGUCUGUAGCGGUCAGAGGGAAAGACUGUGUUGUGGUUGUCACACAGAAGAAAGUCCCGGACAAGCUUUUGGAUGCCGAAACAGUCACGCAUCUGUACAGAAUUACAGAGAACAUUGGCUGUGUUAUGACCGGCAUGACUGCUGAUAGCAGGUCUCAGGUGCAGAGGGCACGGUAUGAAGCAGCAAACUGGAUGUAUAAGUAUGGCUAUGAGAUACCUGUGGACAUGUUGUGCAAACGCAUUGCGGACAUCUCCCAAGUCUACACACAGAAUGCUGAGAUGAGGCCGCUAGGCUGCUGCAUGAUAGUGAUCGGACUGGAUGAAGAGUUGGGUCCGCAGCUGUAUAAAUGUGAUCCAGCUGGUUAUUAUUGUGGCUUUAAGGCCACAGCAGCUGGGGUCAAGCAGACGGAGGCCACCAGCUUCCUAGAGAAGAAAGUCAAGAAGAAACUGGAUUGGACCUAUGAGCAGACCAUAGAGACGGCUAUCUCAUGUCUGUCAACUGUCCUGUCCAUCGACUUCAAGCCCUCAGAACUGGAGGUGGGAGUUAUAACUACAAAAGACCCUAAAUUCAAGAUUCUGUCAGAGUCUGAGAUCGAUGUCCACCUGGUGGCUUUGUCUGAGAGAGAGUGAGGAAAGCUGGCAACCAUGCUGCAGCCGACUCUGAAAAGGAUGAACUGUAACACCAGAAAACCCCGACUCCUCCGCACAAAGGUCUCGCCGAGAAGGAAGAUAAAGGAGGAGCUGGUAUCAUCUUGUUCAGAGGAGGUGGUACUACAGUAAGGCUGAGACAAACGCAAACGAUGAACAGUAAAGACCUUAUUACCAGGUGGGUACUCAUCCAUCUGCACUGGCACUUAACCCUCUUCCAUCCUCUCUGGUCAUAACUGGACACUAUUAUCCACAUAUUGACCCCUCCUGCAUUUCCCUUUUAACCACACUGAGACAUCGUCACUGCAGACAGAUGCCAAAUGUCACAGAGCCUGGAAAGAUGCUGGACAUUCAAAUCAGUCCACCAUAUGACACAUCAGUGUGAUACGCUCCUUUCUCUGAAUAGAGCUCAGCCCAAAUGACUUCAGUUGAUGAGUGUGACGUGAGCAGAUUGAACGAUAGGGGUGUGGUAACACUACAAGUACAGCACAAUACCUCUUAAUACCUCUUACUAUUACAGACUUGGUGGUCCUGUAGCUUCUGGAGUCACCAAUAUUUACUCAGGGCUGCCACAUUGUGUUUCUCUCUCAUUUUACUAAUCUGCUUUCGAGUGUCCCCUCUCUGCUGUCUUUAUUUCCAGGAUGAUGUUAAUGCUCUGAUGUACUUUGUGAUAACCCAGGGAACAGCUGUGGGAGUUCCUCCAUUACGACAGUCAUCAGUGUCACACCCCUGUUUAGGUCUGCUCAGGUCAACGUCAACGGGAAUUCAGUAAUGAUUUCACUCUCUCCUUCUUGUGUCUUGAUCCUCCCCUCCACUGUCAUUGCUGUACAUUACUGCACUUCUAUUAAACGCAAUGUUUUUACCAAAUA